GGCAACGAAGAAUAAACAUAAUUUCGGCAAAUCACUGACACGGCUGGGGCAUUUCGCAAGUGAUUGUGAGAAGUGCUCGUUAUUGCAGAUAUUGUAACAGUGUUUUCAAAAUUGGAAUACAAAAAAAGAUGUGUGGAUCACUUCUGUCGAAGUUUAAGAAUCCAACCAACAAGAUACACUCAGGAAACAUCAGUUUUACGAAGCCACACCAGGCUCUAAGUAAGAAAAGGCUGGCCAAGGAAGACGUGGAUAGGAAUGAAGACAAAGAGUUUUCUAAAGAUGGACUUCAAGCUAGUGCAUCGAGCGUUCGUUCCAUGGAAAAAAUCCCCAGCACCAGCUCUUUCAAGCAGGGGUCUUCCUACGAAACUGAUUCUUCGUCGCUAGAUGAAACAGAAUCUGCCGUGCGCGCAUUGGUUGACCAAAGUAGAAACAUAUUCCCUGCCGCGCGCAUGAACAACAGAAAAGAUCGGCUCCGUGUUUUGGAUCGCGAUGAUCAGUUGUUGGAAACUGCUCGUGAAAUACUUACUUUUCAACUAUGUGCUUCCUCGUCAAGCUCCAAUUCUACCCGAGCCGUCAAGCCCUUCAGUUCAGCCGUUUCCUCUGUUCCAAAUAAAACGCAAGCCGCAGUGGCAUUUGACAUUCCUGCUGGAAAAGCGAAAUCGGUCUGUCCGCCUGCAAAAGUUCCAAGGCGCUUCAGACAGUGUAAAGUAGCACCUGAGCCUAAUUUGGAGGAUAUGGAACAGAAGAUGCGUGCUGCUGAGGAGAGGAAGCUGAAGGAGUUGGAGCGCGUCCGAGAGAGUGCUCGUAGCAGGGCUAGGCUGGGGCGACCACACCCUGCGGAGACUUCUGCCCGAGCCACUGCUGCAAAAAUCGCCGUUAAACAAGCAGCUGCGGAAAGAAAGCGUAGCGAAGAAAUGGAGAAGCGAAGACGAGCUGGAAACAAAACGUCCCGAAAUAGGAGCAGAAUUGCAGAAGCACAGGCCUUCGCCAGGGACCGGCUUCAGUUGUCUAUUGAACAGAAAGAGGAGCAAACCAAGCAGAGGAAAGUAAAACGGCAAAUGAAGAUUGAUAAGCAGAAUAAGAUGAAACAGAAGUACGCCAAGAAAGUCAAAGAUAGAGUGACUCGAAGACUACAGGAGGAGGAAGCAGAAAUCCGAGCUGACCUUCGAGAUAUGGAGACUUACAAAGCCUCCGGCGAUAGCAGCGACGAGUCUUGGGGAGACGAAGAAAAGGAGAGAGUCAAAUACGACUGGGAAGAUUUCUUCUCAGACUAAGACUGAUCUCUGAACCAAGCGGUUUUCGAUGACUGUAGAAAACCACAAGUUUGCAUGUAGCUUGACUAAUCAUAACAGGCACAGAGUUGAUCUUGACUAAUCGGAACAUAGUCCUUUUCGCGCGCGUGGCGAGGGACAGGUUGUGUUACGAGUUCUGAUUGGUUAAUUUCACCGCUGUAAUUUGUUGUGAUUGUUCAGACUGCAUGCUUACUUGUUUUAAUUCCCGGAAGUCAUUCGAAACCGCUCUACUUGAACCAACCAAAAAAAAUAAAUAACUUAAUAAAAUAAACAAAUAAAUAAGCAUUGGCUAAUGAAAAGUGGAAAUAUUUGAAAGUGGUCUUGAAGUUUGACAAAACAUGGAA